AUGAGCUCCCAAAAGCGAGAAGGGUCGCCCUUAGAGAUGCAACGUGGGGCAAAGCGGCAACAACGGGAGAUCGAUAGAGACGUGGAAGACUCAACCGUUUCAAAAGGGGCAAAAAGGGAGCUGGAGAGUGAUCUGCUGAAAGACAUGCUGCAUACUCAGCAUCAGCAUCGCCAGGAGGAAAUUCAGGCUAUCAAGAAAUCCAUGGCGUUAUACUACAACAAAGUCGAUCUCUCUGACGUCGAAAUUCGACUCUAUGAUCGCAGUGGCGAGGCCGUAGUCUCUCGGUAUCCAGCACACCGUGUGAUGUUGCAUCAGUCGCUCGUCCUCCGGGAGCUGCUCUUCGCUCGAGAAGAAAAUCGUUACGCCAAAGGCAUGAUCCGGGGGCCCUACAUUGAAUCUACCCUACACGUCUCAGAGCGAGCUCUCCAGGACAUCAGGCAAUUCUUCGAGAAACGGGCGCAUGAUCCGAAAGCACAGACUGAUCAAACUGAAAAUACUAUCAGCACCUGGAUUAACCUAUAUGCCAAUCAUAUGCCGCAGAAUAAUUCUGAACAAAUCUUGGGCGUGGAUCCUAUUCGGGGAGUUCUAGUGAACAAGACUGUCGAAGAUCAGAUGACGGUUCUCAGCAUACGGAACAUACGAAAGGAUGAUUUCGAAGAGGUACUGCGGUUCCUCUAUAGUGGCACAUACGAGCCGAAGGGCCCCGAAACUCCUAAAGAGGAGGGCGAUACAUACGGAUUCCACCAGUACAUGAACACAGCCAUCGCGGCAACGAAAUGUCAAGUAAGAGAUCUUCAAUCUGCUUGCAGCAAACAUUUCACGAUAGCGGUCAAAAACGCUAAGAAACACGGAAAUGAGAUUCUUCAGCCAGGCAAAGAGGAAGAGUUCCAUGUCGCUCUUGGCGCAGUUAUCCGUUUAUACUACUCUCAGGCGCCGGCCGCAUCCCCUCACGACACGGUGGGUCGUGCAAUCAGUGAGCUCGUGCUUCUUGAUCUAGAGGAGUUUGUCAAGACAAAGGAAUUUAGGGAGCUUGUGACAGGCUUCCCUGACUUCAAAAGACAUGUCAAGAUUGUAUCAAACAAACACAACCUGCCUUUUGAGAUGACAUCAGGCAAGCAGCCGCUCGUCGAAAAAGCGUCGGAGUAUAGAGAAACUCCCGAUAUCAAGUCAGCGUAG